CUCAAAUCAAAUGACAUCCUAUUACACAUAUGCACUACUUUUGACCAGAGACACAGGAAAAUAAUUACCUCUUUCCUCAGUCCUCACCCUCACUCCCUCUUCAUGCUGUCCUCUUCUCCCUUCCCUCCUCUGUUUCCUCUCCCGUAGAAGGGUUCAGUGUUUAGUGUUUAGCACUCAGCCUGCCUUGGCACUGAGGCUGCCAACAGAACCUUACUCUCUGUCUAGGAUGGUAGGAUAUUGCAGGGAACCAAAAAAACACGACCAGUCUUAGAGGGAGGCCAAUCUGCUUCAGUUCUCAGUAAUUAUGGGGUUCCAUUCCCCAGUGUGUGUGUGUGUGUGCGUGCGUAUAGUCUGUUCUUUUAUGUUUCCAUUUGUCAGAGUGUGUUAAGGGCGUGGCUAGCCUGCCAUUACCUGUGGUUACCAGGCCAUAGUCCUCACCCAUGCUGCCUAAGAUGCAGCACACACUCUCUCACAUGCACACAUACACACACAUGUACAGAGACUCACAUUCAUGUAGCCUCCACACACACUUACACACACACCACGCUCUGGGUGAUGACAUAGCCAGGAAUAGCAGAAAGAUGGAUGCGUUCCAUCUGGCUAUUAAUACCCAGCCUCUCUCGAGGUCACACACACUCACCUCACUCACUACGUGUGUGCGCGUACGUGCGUGCGUGUGUUGAUGCAGACAAAGCACUUAUUUUAAACAUGAAUUUGGCUGGGAUUAAGCUUUAGGAAUAGGUUGAAGGAUCAGGCUUGGUUUACAAAAUAAGUUACAAUAAAUUACAAAACAAAAGUGUGAUGUCACAGUCCUGUGGGAGCGCUUCUGUGUUAUGACCACUAGGUGGACUCACACCUCGCAUAGAAAGUGCAACACUGUAAAAACACGAAGUGAACUCGUAUUAAUUACUACUAUGUUAAUAAACAGUUAGCUGCAUAAACACGCACCACACGACAGGACGUUUAUUUUUUUGUGAGGCCUAGUCUUGUGUCUUGGCUGAAAUGAACCGCGAACGGGACAGAGUUUAGCUCGCUGUAGCUGCGAUGCAUCCCCCUCUCCAGCUCGCUCCAUCUCCAGGAUUUACAUAGGCUGAUUUCCGUGGGAAGCGCGAAAGCAGCGAAGCCUCCAUGGCAGACUUUCAGGAAUUGAGGAAACGACAGAAACGACCCAUCGAAAAGUAUUAACUUCGUAGUUUUCUCGCGUUUCCCAAGUCGGACUCACAUUACUUGCACUCUAACUCCCCGGAUUUAUCGUCUCGUUCAAAUUUAUAAACUCAGGAAACCGUGUGUUUUCUGGGGCUGGGGCGAUGGCCGGUGGCGGCGGGGUGUCGCUGCUGGGGAUAGCACCUCCGUUGUGGUAUCACCGGGACCUGAGUCGUGCUGCUGCGGAGGAGCUGCUGGCCCGCGCUGGACGGGACGGGAGUUUCCUGGUUCGGGACAGCGAAAGUGUUAACGGGGCGUACGCCUUGUGUGUGCUGUUCCAGAAGCAUGUUCACACCUAUAGGGUCCUACCAGAUGAAGAGGGAUUCUUGGCAGUCCAGACAUCUCAGGGGGUGCAGCCUAAGCGGUUUAAGACCCUCCAAGAGCUGGUCCUGUUGUACCUCCAGCCCAGCCAGGGACUGGUCAGCACUCUACUGUACCCUGUAGACAGAGAGGAGAGCAUCCCAGAGGACAGGGACUACUCAGAUGGGGAAGAUGAGAAGCCGCCCCUUCCUCCUCGUUCCGCCUCCACCUCCACACCACCUACAGGCUCCUCCCCAGAGACACCCACUGACAGCGCCCCUGCUGCUAACGGCCUGAGCACCAUUUCCCAUGAGUACCUGAAGGGAAGCUACGCUCUGGACCUGGAAGCUGUCAAACAGGGAGCCAGCUCUCUUCCCCACCUCAACAAGACACUGGUGUCCUCCUGCAAACGCCUCAACGGGGAGGUGGAUAAGGUUCUGUCUGGGCUGGAGAUCCUGUCCAAGGUGUUUGACCAACAGAGUUCCUUCAUGGUGUCCAGGAUGAUACAGCAGUCUGUGAAUAUGGGUGGAGAUCAGGAGUUGGAGAAUCUGGUUACUAAACUGGCUAUCCUCAAAGACCUACUGUCUUCUAUAGAGAAGAAGGCUCUGAAGGCUGUGCAGGAUAUGAGUUGGUCCACUCUCUCCUCUCCUCCUCUCACACGCCACAGCAAAACCAUCCCCGUACAGGCCUUUGAGGUGAAGUUGGAUGUGAACCUGGCAGACCUGACUAAGAUAGGGAAGAGUCAGAAGCACAGUCUGUCUGUGGACGUGGAGGGAGGGAGGCUAGUGGUGAUGAAGAGGUUGAAGGAUAACCAGGAGGACUGGAACACCUUCACACACCACAGGAUCCGUCAGCUGAUAAAGUCUCAGCGUGUUCAGAACAAGCUGGGCAUCGUGUUUGAGAAGGAAAAGGAGAAGAGCCAGAGGAAAGACUUCAUCUUCACCAGCGCUAAGAAGCGGGAGGCUUUUUGUCAGCUGCUGCAGCUGAUGAAGAACAAACAUUCCAACCAGGACGAGCCAGACAUGAUCUCCAUCUUCAUAGGGACCUGGAACAUGGGCUCUGUGCCCUCCCCCAAGGCGGUGGGUUCCUGGCUGUUGUGUCGGGGGCUGGGGAAGACGCUGGAUGAGAUGACUGUAACCAUUCCUCAUGACCUCUACGUGUUCGGAACGCAGGAGAACUCUGUGUGUGACCGUGAGUGGGUCGACUCACUCCGCACCGCACUCAAAGAACACACAGAGCUGGAUUACAAACCGAUUGCAGUCCAGACUCUGUGGAACAUUAAGAUAGCGGUGCUGGUGAAACCAGAACAUGAGAACCGCAUCAGUCAUGUGGGAGUGUCCAGUGUUAAAACGGGCAUUGCUAAUACGCUGGGUAACAAAGGGGCAGUGGGCGUGUCUUUCAUGUUUAAUGGAACUUCCUUCGGCUUUGUGAACUGUCACCUGACAUCAGGCAACGAAAAGAUUGGCAGGAGGAACCAGAACUACCUGGAUAUCCUGCGGCUGCUCUCUCUAGGAGAUAAACAACUGAGCUCCUUUGACAUCUCUUUACGCUUCACACACCUCUUCUGGUUGGGAGACCUCAACUACAGGCUGGACAUGGACAUACAGGAGAUCCUGAACUACAUCAACAGGAAAGAGUUUGAUCCUCUGCUGAAGGUGGACCAGCUCAACCUGGAGAGAGAGAAGAACAAGGUGUUCCUGCGCUUCGCGGAGGAGGAGAUAUCGUACCCACCCACCUAUCGUUAUGAACGCGGCUCUAGGGACACAUACGUGUGGCAGAAACAGAAGGCCACAGGGAUGAGGACUAAUGUCCCCUCUUGGUGUGACAGGAUCCUGUGGAAGUCUUACCCUGAGACUCACAUUGUUUGUAACUCCUAUGGCUGUACAGAUGACAUGGUGACAAGUGACCACUCCCCAGUGUUUGGUACGUUUGAGGUGGGGGUCACCUCGCAGUUCGUCUCCAAGAAAGGUCUGCCUAAGUCCUCUGAGCAGGCUUAUAUAGAGUUUGAGAAUAUUGAGGCCAUAGUGAAGACGGCCAGCAGAACCAAGUUCUUCAUCGAGUUCUGCUCUACCUGCCUGGAGGAGUUUAAGAAGAGUUAUGAGAAUGACAGUCAGAGCAGUGACAAUGUCAACUUCCUGCGUUUGGGAUGGUCCAAUAAGCAGCUGACCACGCUGAAGCCCCUCCUCUCUGAUAUAGAAUACCUCCAGGACCAACACCUGCUGCUCACUGUCAAAUCACUGGAUGGAUACGAGUCCUAUGGAGAGUGUGUGUUGGCUCUGAAGUCCAUGAUCGGCAGUACAGCACAGCAGUUCCAUACCUACCUGUCCCACAGAGGGGAGGAGACGGGCAACAUCAGAGGCUCUAUGAGGGUCCGCGUGCCUGCAGAGAGGAUGGGCACCAGGGAGAGGCUCUAUGAGUGGAUCAGUGUGGAUAAAGAUGAGACGGGAGGACCCAAAGGCAGAUCCACUCUGCCCCCCCGAUCAGGACAUGACUACGUCAAGCCGUAUUUAACACGCAAAAACGUGGGGGCGGAGCUUGGGAAGGUGAGCGAGGAGGCGGAGAGGAGCACCAAGGAGGAGGGGACUGCAGCCAGGGCUAAGCAGGACUCUGCAGAGGGAGACCCCUCCGCCUGUAAGAACAACAGCUACAAUAACCCUGCCUACUACAUCCUGGAGGGCGUUCCUAACCAAUCAGCUGCCUCCCUGUCCUCAGAUCUCCUCCCCUCCACCUGCUCCCCCCCGGCCGGUAAGGUACUCCCAACUGGAGGGGGCAGGGGCAAGCCCCCCUCAGGGUCCUCCCAACCCCGCAGGCACACGGCUGGACACCCUGUCCGGCCCAUCGGUGAGGAGGGGUCCCCAGAGGAUGAUGGGAGUGUGGGGGUGGGGUUAGGGGGAGGGGCAGCCCUUGGGGGCGGAGCGGGUGGCACACUGAACCGUCCUCCUCCUGACUUCCCCCCUCCCCCCCUCCCUAAAGGAGUACUGGAGAUGGCUGACACCUCCUUCUCUAAACCCCGCCCCCUGUACCCCGACCUGGCCGAGGUGACGAUCCCCACAGCCAAUCCCAGUCCUGCCUUCGUCCUGGGGGAGGGCUUUAGGAGGGGAGCGGGAGGGGCCGGGGGGCUGGACGACCAAUCGUGUUCGGUGCUGCAGAUGGCGAAGACACUGAGUGAGAGCGAGUACCCCCCUCCCCCCCGUUCCCCCUCUGCACCCCCCCACCUCAGAGGCCAGGGGUUGGGGUUAGGGGACGCCUGUCGCACCUUCCCUCCCCGAGCCCCCAUCACAGAGAGCAUCGCUGAAGACCUACCAGAGGAGGCGCUGUGGGGAAGCAGUAGCUCGUCUCUCUCCGUGGGGGAGUCCUCUGUGGGAGAGUGGUUACAGAGGCUGGGGCUGGAGCGAUAUGAGGAAGGUCUGUUACACAACGGCUGGGACGACCUCGAGUUCCUCAGUGACAUCACGGAGGAGGACCUAGAGGAGGCGGGCGUUCUAGACCCUGCCCACAAGAGGAUUCUGCUGGAGAGCCUGAGACAGCAGACGCAGCAGAAGUGAGCUGAACCGGUCUGAACCGGUGCAUACUGGGCCAUGCUGGCCCAAUCCAAUCUGAACUGAGCUGAGACGUGCUAACCCAUGCCAGACUGUGCCUUCUGAGAGAAAUUGCACUCCCUCCAUUAUACUUUCUUUUGACGAACAACAAACGUCCUUUUUUUUUUUUAAUGUAUUGUGCUGUGUGUGUCUAUGUUAUCAUAACUGUGGGUGUUGUGUUAGCCAGCCUUAUUUAAACAGUACAAACAUUUCAAUCCUUUGUUAAGCAUCACAACAUGGUCCUCUACCCUGCUACCCCCCUAACAGAUCCCUGACCAACACCCCCGCGCCCCUUCCCUCGCUCUCAUUCUGCUCCUGGGAUGGAGUAGACAUUCAGUGACAUCAUCAGGCUGCGACUGAGAGGACAGAGUUUUUCUUGGGUGACAUCACUAGCCUCAGCCAGGAAAACACCUUGCUAGAACUUAGUUUAUUGUUGUUGUUAUUCCGCUCAUGAAUAGGAGUAUCAGUAUGAUUAUGUAUUCAUUGGUUCAGUGUUUUUUAGUGUGCAUGUUUUAUGUUUUAGAGAUAAAGGGAAUGGAGCCACACCAGCACUGAGACCUUCCUCUAUCAGUAUGACUGAGCCUCUUCUCAACACAUUCUGUUGUUGUUGUUGUUGUUUUGUUGAUCCGUGCUGGAGUCCAAGGCCCCCUUUCUUCAGUAGCACAAACUACUGUACCCAUCAUGCAGUAGUCCAUGUACAAAUUAGUGUCUUAUUGUAGUCCAUGUACUAAUUAGUGUCUUAUUGUAGUCCAUGUACUAAUUAGUGUCUUAUUGAUGCUGAGCUAGAGGGAAGUCCAGCCUACACACAGUGGGUCCCCAGGAUCCUUACUGAGAAAGACUGCCAGACAUCACAGGCUGCUGGUUGUUCACUUCACCACAUGGUGGUGCUGUUGUCCUGUCAACCUCAAUAGGAACACAGGGUAAAUACUGAAGACACACAAAGUCAUAUUAAGGACUUUUUUAACAUUAUACUUUAACGUUCAUGAUUAUGUUUUAUAUAAAUGUAUAUGUUGACGUUCUUUGACUGUUGUAAAAAAUGGGGAAUGAGUGGAAACAGGAGAAAUGUGAGUGAAUUUAGUGUUUAUCUGAUGAUGUCACCAGUUGUUUAACCCUAUAGCAUAAAAUAGCCCCUCCCAUUCCCUCUCCUCUACCCCCCUCUCCCAUUCCUUCUCCUCUACCCCCCUCUCCCAUUCCUUCUCCUC